AUGACUCAGAAUGGGGAUCAUCAACACGACUCUACUUCCUCGUCGGAACGCUAUGGGAACAAAUGGUAUGAUUACCAGAAUCAGUUGAAGAAACGCUAUGGACCUGGCGCAGAUCUACUCAUCCGGAUGGGCUACGUGCCGAAUGCCGAGGAUCAUACAGUCCAUGCCAACCCGAAUCACGGUCGCCGGGGACUGGGCUACUCAACGGCGAACCAGGAAGGGCCGAUCUUUCGGAGAGGUCAUGGUUCUCGAGAUUCGAGUCAAGAACUGGAAGAGGGAUUGGAUAGAUGUCAUUGGAACAUCGGUGAAGAACAUUUUACCCAUGAGGAACUAGCAGCCGUUCCUUAUGCCGACGAGGAACCUCUCACCACACUGAGCGACCAAGAAGGGUUGCCAGUUGCCGGUGACUUGGAGAGCGCGGAUUUCUUAGCGAUCAGAAUCCAGGGUUCCCAGAUUACAGGGGAGAAGAAGCGCGGUCGCGGACUUGCCAACCGUAAGAUGAGAAAAGCGGCCAAACUCCAGAAGAAACUACUGGCGGUUGAAAGGAGAAGAGGGCGACACGGGGCUUGUGCGAGUUCUGAAGUGAAAUCCGGUUCCAUUGAUCCAUCCAAGUUAUUCUUCGACGAUCCCAAGGGGGACUCGUGAGUUUCUUGU